AUGGCGUCUGGAUUUUCUUUCGGUUUUGCGGGAGACGAUAUUGAGGACGACGGGCAACAACCAACAACCCCCCAGAUCAACAACGUAGCCCUUUCGACACCCUCAGCGACGACAAGUGCCAGUGCUUUCCCCGUUCAGGGAAAGCCUCUGCUGCCACCAACCCACCAUGAUAUCGAUCACAUGCUAUCAAGGUUGCCCUCCAAGAUCGCCUACAGCCUACUAGAUGUCGAGCUAGAAGAGGGCAAGACCAUUCAGAUUCCGCGCCGAGAGCUGUGGGAUGUUCGGGUGCAGCUCAUGGCUGAGGAUGAUGGCUCCAAUAUCUCCGAGACGGAGCCCGGCCUGGGGGAGCACGAUGUCAAGACGGGUAUCUACGAGGGUGGCUUCAAGAGCUGGGAAAGCAGCGUUGACUUGGUCAAGGUGCUCGCCUCCGAAAACGCACCCACGAUACUCAACCGCGAUCCUUGUGUGCUGAUGGAGCUGGGCUGCGGCACUGCCCUGCCGUCCCUCGCGCUCUUUCAGUGGGCAAUGAACGAGAGAAAGUCUAGGGAGAAGCAGCCGCUUACGAUCGUACUGGCUGAUUAUAACCCAUCAGUUCUCUAUCUGGUCACCCUCCCCAACUUCCUCCUCGCUUGGGCGCUCGCUCAACGAGAAAGCACUCCUGCCCUGGCAGACGCCUUUUCGCUGGAGGACGAAGUCGAGUUGCUUCCCGGAGUAGUCGAAGCCUUCAAGGAGUUCCUUACCUCCAACCAAAUCACGCUUUCUUUCCUAUCGGGUGGAUGGUCCCCCGAGUUUAUCGACCUUCUUUACAGCUCUGGUAUCCCCUCAAACCCUACAGGAAAUGUUCAGACACUGGUCAUUGGCGCAGAGACCAUCUACUCGCCUUUUGCCCUCGAGAGCUUUGCGGCCACGCUGCUUUUGACCCUGGAGCGAGAGCGCAAGGAGCGUCCAAGUGGCCAUGCUUCCUCCAUCGUCGGCGCAAAGAAGAUGUACUUUGGCGUCGGAGGAUCGUUGGACGACUUUGUUAACCGGAUGAGAAGGCUUGGUGCUUCGGUUGAGCCUUUGCGCGAGGAGUCUGAGGGUGUCCGGCGUGGAGUUGUGCGGUGUUUCCUCUCCUGA